CUGGGAAUGACUCUGGACGAUCUGUGCGUAUGACGUCGGUCUACGCUUACGCAAGCGCGUCCUGGAAUUGGCCGGGGCCGUGUGCGUGAGUAAAGAGAGAGCGAGGUAGCCGCAGCAAUGGAGGAACAGAGCCGGAAUCCACAGAGCCAGCCGACCGGGAAAGGGAAGGAUGCAGGCGGGGAGGCACGGGACGCGGCCAAGGACAAAGACAAGGAUAAGAAGGAGGAGCAGGAGCUGGUAGGAGCAGGGCGGGCGGAGUCCCGGGCCCCGGCAGGGAGCAGGCCUAGCACGGGCAGAGCUGAGUCACUGGGGCCGGCAGGCCGGCGGGGGGUGGAAGGCCUCGGUCAGAGCGAGCUGUCACCUGGCUGGCACGGCAGCACCCACCGGCCUGGCACGGCAGCGGGCACCGGGCUUCCACGGCAGCGGGCACCGGGCUGGCACGGCAGCACCCACCGGCCUGGCACGGCAGCGGGCACCGGGCUUCCACGGCAGAGAAACUAUGUUUAUGUUAGGGUUAAUCCAGACUCUAGUGGCUGUCUCAUUGACAGCCGCUAGAGGUGCUUCCACACUUCUCACUGUGAUUUUUCACAGUGAGAAGCCGCCAGCGUCCAUAGUAAAGCAUUGUGCCGCGCAAGGCAGCACCCACCGGGCUGGCACGGCAGAGAAACUAUGUUUAUAUUAGGGUUAAUCCAGACUCUAGUGGCUGUCUCAUUGACAGCCGCUAGAGGUGCUUCCGCGCUUCUCACUGUGAUUUUUCACAGUGAGAAGCCGCCAGCGUCCAUAGUAAAGCAUUGUGCCGCGCAAGGCAGCACCCACCGGGCUGGCAGGGCAGCACCCACCGGGCUGGCACGGCAGAGAAACUAUGUUUAUAUUAGGGUUAAUCCAGCCUCUAGUGGCUGUCUCAUUGACAGCCGCUAGAGGUGCUUCUGCGCUUCUCACUGUGAGAAGCCGCCAGCGUCCAUAGGAAAGCAUUGUGCUGCGCAUGCACAUUCACCCAGAGAGGAGGAGAGUCCCCGGCGCUCGAAAAAGAGGUAAGUUUAACCCCUUCCACUCCCUAGAGCCUGGCGGGAGGGGACCCUGAGGGUGGGGGCACCCUCGGGGCACUAUAGUGCCUGGAAAACGAGUAUGUUUUCCUGGCACUAUAGUGGUCCUUUAAGUGGUUAUAACGUGCAGAGUGCUCUGUUUAAAUGAAUCAAUCCUCUGGUACAUAAAAUUGUUACUGUGACAUUUUGCUUAUACUUUGAAUGAUAACAUCAUUACUUCCCAUUUGUAAGCCCCAAAAUAAUGACUAGUCACAAAGAUAUUUUAUUUAUAUAUAGUCUUUAGAUGCAGUCCCUCUGGUUUUGUUACAAAUGCAUUAUCACAGCAAUAGGAGACAGGUCAAGGGAGUUAAAGAACCACUAUAGUCUCCCCCACCCUCAGGGUCCCACUCCGGCCGGCCUGAAGGGGUUAAACGCUUACCUUUCUCCUGCACCGGGUUCCCUCUGCGCUGGGGAAAUCUCCUCCCUCUUCUGACGUCAGCGCUGAAUGCGCAUGCAUGGCAAGAACUGCGCACGUAUUCAAUUAGUCUAUAGGAAAGCAUUUCUCAAUGCUUUCCUAUGGACGUUGGCGUCUUCUCACUGUGAUUUUCACAGUGAGACAGCCACUUGAGGCUGGAUUAACACUAAUGUAAACAUAGUUUCUCUGAAACUGCCAUGUUUACAGCUGCAGUGAUAACCCUAGAUGGACCUGGCACCCAGACCACUUCAUUGAGCUGAAGUGGUCUGGGUGCCUGUAGUGGUCCUUUAACUGUACAUCUAAUUCUGUUUUGAACAGAAUUCUGCUCAGGAUAUAGCUGGUGCAAACCUUGAUUCAACUAUUGACAGUUUCUGCAAAUAUACUUUGGUUCACUGUAUGUUUUAUUAUAUAUAUUCCCGUGCUUCCUGCCAUUUCCAGUAGUUUCUUGCAUCUUUGAUACUGUCUCUCUGGUAUUGAAUUCUAUAGUUUACACUCUCUGUCAAGUUACUGGUUUAUUCAUAUUGCUUCACUAAAUUGUCUUAAUAGUCUGAAGAAGACAAGCAGCUGCAGGAUGAACUGGAAAUGCUGGUGGAGAGACUGGGGGUGAGUUUAAAAUAAUUUGUUUUGUAAUGCCCAUAAUUGUUUUGAUUAGGAAGAAUAUAAAUACUAUGUAUACUUGUUCUUAAUAUUGACAUAGAGAUGAUUUGUGACACACAGAUUAUUUUACGUGACCCAAGGUAUUUUCUAAGCACAUGCUGAGGAUUCCCACUGUACAGUGAAUUGUUGUAUGUGGUAAUGCUGUGACUUUUAUGGCACUGACUCCAAAUCUGUCACGUUAGUUUACAUUUUGGCAUUCGGUUUUUAAUUCACUACAUUAGUUUAGUGACCCUUUUACUUAUUUGCCCUGUUUUAACACUUCUUCAAACACUGUCUGUCACCAUCUGAGGUGUUUGCGUAAUUUGCAAUUUGCUUUAUUUUUUAUAAGAUACUCAUUUUGGAGGGGAGGUGACAGUACCGCUUUAAUUUUAGGGCAAUUGCAAUGAAAAUGAUUGUAGGCUAAUACAUCUUUAAAUUUACACUAUAGGCGUCAAAACAAGCUUAGCGUAAUAAAGCAGUUUUGGUGUAUAGAUAAGGCCCCUGCUCCAUUUUCUGCCGUUUAGGAGUUAAAUAGCUUUUGUUUCUGCUCAUGCAGUCCUAGCUACACCUCAUCUGGCUGUGAUUGACACAGCCUGCUUGGGAAAAAUGGUUUCUUUUUCAGUCAGAUGUUAACUUUAUUUAGAUGUUUUCUAUCUUCUGAUCUGUAAAUUGAGCUUUAAUCACCUACAGCAGGCUUCUACAGGGUCUAGAAGGCUAUUAACAGAUCAGAAGAUAAGAAAUUAUAAAUUUAAAAGAAUGUGCAAUAAAGCAAGUCUAAACUUUAGAUAUCUCUUUAUGGAAGUGUUUAGGAUGGCUGUGCAAGUCACAUGCAUGGAGAUAUGACUAAGGCUGUGUACACAAUGUGAUUUAACUCCUAAAUGGCAGAUAAAUUGAGCAGUGAGACUGCAGGGUCAGUCUAUACAUCAGAACUUCUUAAUUUAGCUAAAGGGACACUCCAGAUGCCAAUACAGCGUGAAUGCAUUUGAUCUGCUUUCGCCCCUUCUAUAUGCUGUAUUUUUUUGCAUUCUUGAAUCUUUAAUCUGUAUUAAACAAAAUGUUUGCAGAUUUCUGCAUCUUUAGCUACUCUUUAUCAAAUGUAUGUACACUGACCGUACUGAAUGAUCUGAGCCACAAAGCAACCUGUAUUGAAGGAAAUGACACCCAGGGAGACACAUAUUGUAAGGAUAUCAGUACCCGAUUAUAGUUUCUCUGACUAUCGACAGCCAGGUUGUGAAUUAGGAGCAGCUCACUCGAGGCUUCAUCUGUGUGUAUACAUUUGAUGAGGAAGUUUUUCUGGCUUGAGAGGGCUUUGCAUGGACAUGCAAAAAAAAUAGCAUAUUAAUGAGGCCUAAAUCUAUCAAAUGUUGUAUUGGUGCAGGAGUGUUGCUUUAAUUUGAAAAGGGCACCUGUCCUGCCUAAAACUAGUUAAGUUAUUUGAUAAAGAGCAUAAAAUUGAAUCCAUACAAUGUGUUAGCAGUUUUGUUGUCAGAUGCAUAGAUUUGGAAAAAAUAUUUUUAAAAAGGUUUUCUCCCACCUGUCAAUCAAUUCUUCUGCAUGGACCAGCAGAAGAGACCACCCACAGACAGUCCUUCUGCUGAGGUUGCGAUGCUAACUUCCUUGCCGGCAAUAUAUGUAGGAUUAAUGGUCAUUUCCUUAUGUUAAAUAUGGAGUUUAGAUUUUAUGUUUUCCCUAACAUUUCAUGUUAUCUGAAAAUCAACAGGAAAAAGAUAGCUCCUUAUACCGACCAGCUCUGGAGGAGCUACGUCGGCAAAUCCGCUCUUCUACCACCUCAAUGACAUCUGUUCCUAAACCUCUAAAGUUCCUUCGGCCACACUUUGGGAAGUUAAAGGAGAUCUAUGAGAAUAUGACCCCAGGAGAAAACAAAGUAAGUUUUUGUAGAUGGAUAAGAGGUGCAGUACUUAAUCAAUUGGAAAUGGUUUUGAAAGUGGAAUAAGAAGAGUUAUGGGAGAAAAUAUAUGAGGAAACAUAGCUUCAAGAGAAUGGAUUUUGUUUAGCUGGCUCACUAACUUUAUAUAGCCAAAAAAUACAUACAUAUGGAACCCCUAUACAUGAAAUACAUGUUUACUAACAUUUUUCUUCAGCUGCAAGCAGGGUGGAUUUGAUUUUAAAUCAAACUGAUUUAACCCCUUAAGGACGGAGCCAAAUGUACACGUUGUGAACAAAACAAAAUGUAAACAAAACCUGGCAUUUGCGCUACAUGUCUGUCCAACCGUAAUACACCUCUUUCAUAGUAAAUGCACCCACCCUUAUUAUAUAUCAUUUUAUUCAGGGGAAACAGGGCUUUCAUUUAAUAUCAAAUAUUUAGCUAUGAAACAUAAUUUAAUAUGAAAAAAAUGGGAGAAAAUACGAUUUUAUUGGAUUUUUUUAGUUCUACAUGACAUUUAAACGGUCAGUGUCAUAAUACUGUUUGCUUUUACUGCAAUAAAAUACACAUAUUUGUAUUCAGCAAAGUCUCACGUGUGUACCCCCUAUGUACAGGUUUUAUGGCGUUUUGGGAAGUUACAGGGUCAAAUAUAGCACGUUACAUUUGAAAUUGAAAUUCGCCAGAUUGGUUACGUUGCCUUUGAGACUGUAUAGUAGCCCAGGAAUGAAAUUUACACCCAUAAUGGCAUACCAUUUGCAAUAGUAGACAACCCAAGGUAUUGCAAAUGGGGUAUGUCCAGUCUUUUUUAGUAGCCAUUUGGUCACAAACACUGGCCAAAGUUAGCGUUAGUAUUUGUUUGUGUGAAAAAUGCAAAAAAACGCCAAUUUUGGCCAGUGUUUGUGACUAAGUGGCUACUAAAAAAGACUGGACAUACCCCGUUUGCAAUACCUUGGGUUGUCUACUAUUGCAAAUGGUAUGCCAUCAUAGGGGUAAUUUUCAUUCUUGGGCUACCAUAGGGUCUCAAAGGCAACGUAACCAAUCUGGCAAAUUUUAAUGUGAAAAAAAUGAAAACAAGCCUUAUAUUUGACGCUGUAACUUUUGAAAACACCAUAAAACCUGUACAUGAGGGGUACUGUUGUACUCGGGAGACUUCACUGAACACAAAUAUUUGUGUUUCAAAACAGUAAAAAGUAUCAUAGCAAUAAUAUUGUCCGUUUAAUGCUGUUUGUGCGUGAAAAAUGCAAAAAACGUCACUUUUACUGGCGAUAUCAUCGUUGUAAUACAUUUUACUGUUUUGAAACACUAAUAUUUGUGUUCAGCGAAGUCUCCCGAGUAGAACAGUACCCCCCAUGUACAGGUUUUAUGGUGUCUCGGAAAGUUAUAGGGUUAAAUAUAGUGCUAGCAAAUUAAAUUCCCUUUACUUUCGGCAUGGGUUGUCAUGCAGGUCCUGCUAAUUGUAAUUAAUUAAGAUACCUAAUUAUGUAAAAUAUUACAUAAAUAUAUAUGUAGAAUCAAUAUAUGUAUAUAUAUACGUAUGUGUAUAUAUAUGUAUAUAUCUAUAUAAUUUUUUUAAAAUAUUUUUAUUUAUAUAUAGGUAUAUAUAUAGUGAUAUAUACGUAUAUAUUUAUGUGUAUAAAUAUAUAUAUUAUUUCGCUCUAUGUGUAUUUUGAUAUAUAUAUAUAUAUAUUAAUUUCACAAUACAGUUAGAACGAAAUAACACACAUCUAUAUAUUUUUUAAUUAUUUAUUUUUAAUUAUUUUUGUAAUUUUAUUUUUAAAGUAUUUACAUUUUAAUUUUUUUUAUAAUAUAUAUAAAUAUAUAUAUAACAAUAAUUAUAUAUAUAUAUUUAAUCAGUAUCAGUGUACGUGUAAUUUGAUAUUAAUAUAUAUAUAUAAUUAUAUAUAUAUUAAUAGUAAAAUACACCUAGACGGUGUACAUGUGUGUAUGUAUAUGUGUAUGUAUAUACUUUGAUCAUAUAUAUAUAAUAUAUAUAUAUGAUCUAAGUAUAUAUUAUUUAUUUUUUUACACUAUUUAUUUAUUUCAUUUUUAUUUUCAGCCAGCAGGGGGACCACCUGUCAUUACAGGCAGCCCCCCUGCUGGCAAUACAGAAGCCAGCUAUCCCCGGCCAUGUGAUUGUGGGGUCCUCGCUAGGACCCCACUCUCACACGGCCGGGGGGCUUCCUGGAGGACGGUCGUGCCGCGGGGGGCUCCCUGGGAGUCCCCCCCACCGCGAUCGCCGGCGUGGGACCGCCGGCGACCGGGUAAGUACAGAAAGACCGGAGGGCGUACUAUUACGCCCGGCGGCGUUUAGAGCCGCCUAUUAGAGGACGUAAUAAUACGCCCUCCGGUCUUAAGGGGUUAAAUCUCGAUUUAAAGCACUAGUCAGUAAGGCUUGAUUUAAAUCAUAGUUUUCUACAUAAAGACUAAUUCUUGCUGGUAUAACUUUAAUAUGCAAGUAGAUGAAGAUUUUUAGAAUAACAACUUUUCAUAUUAGUUUUUUUUAUCCCCAGUUUAAUAGGUUAAUCAUUCAUAUUUGGACAACUUUUCUGUUGUACUUAGGAAGGAGAAAAAUAAUCAUUACCUUAAUAAUAACAAUUUAAAUAGAUUUAUUCAACUGAAACAUUAACAGCAUAUGUUAUUUGCUUAAACAAACAUCCAUGUUUAACUAAUUUGGCUAAACAAAAUAUAUAUAUAUUUUAAGAAACUUAGACUGUCAGCCCACGCAUGAAAAACUUAAAUACUGUCCUCUGUAGCUCACUCGUCAUCUUCUUCUUUGUUCAUAAUCUGGAAAAGAAAAACAAGCUUUCCUGCUUUAUCGGGUCUCAAACGAUUUCUUAAUUUAGAAUGAAUGAGUCCAAAGGAAGAGAAUAUUCUUUCUGUGCCUGCAGAAGAAGCUACUGCUGUUAAAAGUAAAAUCAUUACUUGAUCAGUCUCUAAAUCCAAGUGCUUAAGUGACUUCCACCAGUUCACUGGUGUGACUUUCUUUAAAAUAUCUUCAGCAAACAUAUAUUUCUUGAAUGGUUCCCCCUUAGCUUUGAAGUUUAUUAUAGUUGGCAUUACAGAUGGAUGAUUGCUGGAUACCCAUGUCAUAGCUAACUCCUCUUCCUCAGCACUUAAGUUUUGACCUUGGUACUGGAUAUUGGCAAUAUUUGCCAAAAAAUGAGCUGGAGACAGUACUUGUCCCAUUUGUUUUUUUUAAUGUGUGUAAUUUAAUUCUGUCCAUGUGUAGUUCUGUUUUUUAAAUGUUCACUCAGUUCCUGCCAAAUUUCAACAGCAUCAGCAAUAAAACAGCUAUUUUUCUGUAUUUUGUUUAAAGCUUCAGAGAUGGGUUUCAGGAUGCUCAGCAUAUGUUCAACAUUUCUCUUAAGCCCAAUGUUGAGGAUUUUGGCCGUGACAGUGCCAUCUAUUUUAUCUUGAUUUUGUUCACAAACUGUUAUCAGAAUAGGCCAGUUCUUGAUAUACUGCUCAAAACAGCCCACCACAGAGUUCCAUCUAACAUCUUGUGGGAGCGUUAGCUUGGUUCCACCCAUCCUUUUCAGAGCUGCUGCAGCAAAAUGAUUGUUACGGAAGUAUUUAGCAAUUUCAACAACAUUAGUCUUUAUUUCUGGAACACUUAAGUCUUUGGCUAAGAGGUGCAGCAAAUGAGCGCUGCAACCAUAUGUUAUAACUUUUGGCUGGUAAAAAUCCUUUUUUUUUUUUUUUAAAUCAUUGCUUUUUAUCCACCCUGGCUGCAAGUCUUCUCUUGCUGGAACUCUCCUCCCCACCUGGGAAACUGGCAGUGACGAGAGUUUCUCUUCCUUUGCUAUUGAGUCAACACAGCCAAUGUUCAAAAUCUAGAUUUCGGUAUGACAUAGGAUUGGACUAUUUUGUCAGAAACAUCUAUAAAUUUGCUAGUGCAAUGUCUAUGAAAUAGCAUUUUGUUUUGUUUUUGUUGUGUAUGAGCAUAAGUUAUAGGUCCUUUAAAGGGACACCGUAGGCACUGUAUCUGCUUCAUCUCAUUAAACUGGUUAUAGUGUCUGGAGUCCCCUGGUACCAUCAUUUCUUUCAGCAUUAAACAGUUUUUAAUGUUGUAAUGUUUUAAUGCUAAACAAGAGUCCACGGCAGUCUAUCCACUCUGUGCUGCUUUGGCUAAUAAGGAAGUAUUACCCUGAGAGGCAAUGGGCAGCUGUGAUUGGCUGAGAGUGCCAGCUGACUGCUUUUAACCUGUCGGAGCUCCAACUGACAGUAUGGAUGGGUAUGACAACAAGGAAGUGUGUAAUCUCUGCCUUAGCUACACAUACAGAAGGGGCCGGACGGUGGGUGGCCAGGGACUCUUAUUUUGUGGCAUACUGCACAAACAUUGUGCAACACUGAAUGGAGGGACAGUGCCAGGCCACUAUAACCAAUUUAAAGAGACAAAGUGGUUAUAGUGACUACAGUGUCCCUUUAAGUUAUUUCUGUAUAUAAUUUUUGUAGUAUUUUUUUUGCUUAGUUUAGCUGUUGACAUUUAUUAGAUGUUCUAAGAAACCUCUUCAUGUAGCUGUAUCGUGUGAGUGCCUGUAAUUUAACCCCUUUUUCGUGUUUGGGGCAAAUCUAGUAAUUUUCAGGGUGUAUCCUGCAAUGGUCCUUUACAAUCAUUCUCCUCUUUUAGCGUUUUGCUGCUGAUAUCAUUUCUGUUCUUGCCAUGACUAUGAGCGGUGAGAGGGAGUGUCUGAAGUACAGACUGCUUGGUUCCCAAGAGGAGCUGGCAUCAUGGGGACAUGAAUAUGUCAGGUGAGAUGCAAGCAAAUGGUUUUUGAAGGAUUUAAUGUAUUUUAUAUUCAUUUUAAAUAUGACCUUUCUCACAAGUAUGUUUUUCCCUCAAAUCUGUUUGAGGUAGAUAAAUAAUUGUGUAUGUAGGAGUGUUAAAUGGCAUUCUAGAAAUGUUACUUUGUUUUGAACACUUGGAAAUAACUGAUUAUGAAAUGUGAUUUAGAGGGGUGAAAAUUGUAAAAUAGGAAGGACAUGGUGCACCUUCAGAUGUUGGUACUAUAAGGUAUCUAGAAGGAAGCCACGUAUACAGACUUUAUGUGUAUCCAACUGAGCCCAUAUCUUAUUGUCUCAGGCAUUUGGCUGGAGAAGUUGCCAAGGAAUGGCAGGAAGUAGAAGAAGCUGACAAAUCGCAGCGUGAAAAACUACUGACCUUGGUGAAGGAGAUUGUCCCAUAUAAUAUGGCGCACAAUGCAGAGCAUGAGGCCUGUGAUCUUCUCAUGGAGAUAGAGCAGAUGGACAUGUUGGAAAAGUACAUUGACGACAAUGCAUAUGCUAAAGUUUGUCUGUACCUGACCAGGUGAGUCAGUUUUUGAUCCUUGACCUCCCAGUGAGCAUGCUUUACGUAUUUUUAUGUAUUAUAAAUGUCAAGAAAAACACUGAAUUGGACAACCUAAUUUUUUUUUUUCUUCCUUUCCUACAGUUGUGUGAGCUAUGUACCUGAGCCUGAAAACUCUGCUCUCUUGCGAUGUGCACUCUCAAUCUUUCGCAAGUUCAACCGCUACCCAGAAGCUUUGCGACUUGCAUUGAUCCUCAAUGACAUGGAGCUAGUGGAAGACAUCUUUACCUCUUGCAAGGAUGUGUAAGUUUUAUGUCCACUUAAAGUCUGCCUGCUUGGGGAGCCAGAAAGUUGUUUUAUAUUGAUGGGGGGGUUGCAGAUCAUUGUUCGCCUGUUUUCUUUACUGUUUCCUAAAGUUAAAGGAACACGUCACCGCACAUUUUUUUUGGGAGGGGGGAAUAUAAAUCACUGUUUAGCAGAUACACCCCAAUGAAUACAUUCAUGCAUGUUAUCAUAUGGUGUAUAUCUUUUGCAAAAGAUACAGGUCUUAAGAACUUUCCUUUGCAAGCCCUCUCCCUCUUUUCAUUCAGGGUAGCUAACUGAAGCAGGAAGAACCCACACCUCCCCGGCUGUUUAUUUAUAAAAGUGCCAAUCUCUAAAUGAAAAGAAAUAGCCACUUUUAUAAACUGUUCUUAAGAAAAGUAUACUCCUCACCCUUAAAGAACUUUAUGGGUGUGAAGUUGUCCUUUAAGAUUAUAUAAACCCCAGUUAUCUUUAAUGGUGUGUGCAGCGUUUGGUUUUAUACUUGUAAACUUUUUUUGUCCACAGUGUUGUACAGAAACAGAUGGCCUUCAUGUUGGGCCGGCAUGGAGUCUAUUUGGGCCUAAAUGAGGAUGUGGAGGAGUAUGAAGAUUUAACAGAGAUCAUGUCUAAUGUGCAACUUAACAGUAAUUUCCUGGCUCUGGCACGUGAGGUAUGUAGCAAUGCUAUCCAUUUAUUUCUCCUACUGUCCAUUUAUUUUUUUCCCCUUAGUCUGUGUGUGACACAGACAAUGUUUUUAUUGCAUUUCCAUCUCCAUGUGUUUUUUUUUUUUUUGGUUAUGUGGGAGGCACUUUUACUGUGAGACGGCUUGUCAUGCUGUCCUUGGUGCAGUGGCGGAGUGAAGUAAUUUACUCAUGUCGCUUCACCCUAAUUCCUGGUUCUUUUGUACAUUGUAUUGCUCUCUGUAGUUCUAUACCUCUAUCUAAUAUCCUGCUUGUAUUCCUCAGCUGGAUAUCAUGGAGCCCAAAGUCCCAGAUGAUAUUUACAAGACACAUCUGGAAAAUAACAGUAAGUUGGACUCGCACUGAGGGAUUAUAUGAAAUGGAUGUUCGUACAAUAACUAACAGGAUACAAGGGUGGUGUUGUGAACUCAUAAAAGCAAACAAAUCUGUUUGUGUGGAAAUGGGCAACUAAGUGUUUCCUUUUAGUGAAAUAAAAGCACAUUAUCUAGUUUAAUUACUUGGUUUCAAUUUCUCUUCAGAGAUUAAAUUGUAAUCUUCACAUUUGCAGUUGGAGUUCUGGUAGGUUGCGCAAUGGACCUUGAUUCUAGGUUGACUUGCUAGUCUAUCACUGUUGUUCAAAUAUGGAUGAAAUUGAUAAUGGUACUGGAAUGUUUACACUAGCAGUAGGUGAGCAGGGAAUCGGGCUGUGGAUACCUGAGGGGAGGAGUGCACUUGCCUUCUGAAUGCAAAUGCACUUUUAUCUUUUCUUAUCUCAUUUAUUAGCAUUUUUGGAAAAGUAUAUAUUGCUAGUUAUUUGUGAAUCAAAUUAUGCAAUCUUUAAUCUUGUGUAAAUGGCAAAUUUUAAAGCUGUUCUAACACUAUAGUGUCCCUCUGUCCUUGCGGCAACUGUUCUAAAAUAAGCUGUAGUGGUUAUGGUGCUUGGCCUGUUCUAUUAAAACUAAUUGUGAUAAUACAAAAAAGGGUGCGCUGUGUCUUUAAGACAAAAAAUAGUGCAAUGUUGCUUUAAAAAACACACAAACUCUAUUUGAUAAAUGUGUUGCUAUUACACACUCUACAAUAGUGCAAAUAUCACUUUUAUAUCAGUGUAUUAGUGAAAAUUGGUAGUUUUCAAAUGCCACUUUUAUAUCAGUGUAUUGGUGAAAAAUUGGUAGAAAAAACGGAGCACUUACAAUACCCCGCUAUAUGUACCUUAGGUCUGGUUACUCCAGUUGUACAUACAUAUGUAUAAAAAAUAAAUAAGAGAACAUAGUGUAAUACAGUAUUACAAAUUGUGUUGUUAGAACAAUGUAUAGUGUUAAACUCACAAGUGGAGAGCAGAGAAGUCUGCUCUAACUUUAUCCACUUCUUGUAUAAAGCCAAAGGUCAUAGGACGGCAGCAACUUGAAAGAAACACUUUUUUAUUUCCAAUAAAUCUUCACGGCUCAGCCGGCAGCGAAACUGUAUGCAGUACGCCUUCCAAAGAGAGACUGAGUGAGCAAAGUGAUACCACUUGGGGGACUAUUUUUAAUACUGUGAAGAUUUAUUGGAAAUAAAAAAGUGUUUCUUUCAACUUGCUGCCGUCCUAUGACCUUUGGCUUUAUACAAGAACUGAUAAAGUUAGAGCAGACUUCUCUGCUCUCCACUUGUGAGUUUAACACUAUACAUUGUUCUAACAAUACAAUUUGUAAUACUGUAUUACACUAUGUUCUCGUUUAUUUUUUAUACAUAUGUAUGUACAACUGGAGUAACCAGACCUAAGGUACAUAUAGCGGGGUAUUGUAAGUGCUCCGUUUUUUGUACCAAUUUUUCACCAAUACACUGAUAUAAAAGUGGCAUUUGAAAACUACCAAUUUUCACUAAUACACUGAUAUAAAAGUGAUAUUUGCACAUUUGCACUUUUUUGCACUAUUGUAGAGUGUGUAAUAGCAACACAUUUAUCAAAUAGUUUGUGUGUUUUUUUAAAGCACUGGAGUGUUUUUAAAGGAACAUUGCACUAUUUUUUUGUCUUAAAGACACAGCGCACCCUUUUUUGUAUUAUUGUAUUUUUAGUGUUCUAUGGGCUAUUGUACUUUAUAAGGGAGCUGCUUUAUAGGUUUUAAGUUUUUUAUUAUUUUAGAUGUGUAUUGAGAGCCUUUUUUACUUGUCUCCUUUCCUGUUGUACACAUUUCUGAAAACUAAUUGUGAGCCAAAGUGUAAAGGCACCAAAACAACUUAAUCUAAAUAAAAUUGAUAUGGGGCCAGAAAGCCCCUUCUCCCCCGGCGUACAUUACCCAAAUUGUUUAACUCCAAAGUUGCCUCCAGGGCUGCUUGCAUCUCUUCCCCCAGGCGGUAUCCGGCUUGUAAAAAAGUGAAAAGCUUUCAGCCAACCAGUGACUCCCCAUUCAUAAAUUUGGUUUGGAAAAGGUACAUUUCUUUCCAAGCCAGUUUUAUGAAUGGAAAGUCACUGGUUGGCUGAGAGACAGAUGCUGCCGGGGGAGCUGAGUGGCGCUUGAUGCAACUUUUGAGGUUAAACCGUUCGCGAACAGUUUUUAACUCCUUGAGGUAAGUGUGCCAAGGCCUCCUGGUACUAUAACAACUUAAUUGAGAUUUAGAAGUUAUGGUGCCUUAUGCUGCAUAAUCUGGCUCUUUAACAUUGGCACCCUACAUGUAAUAAAAACAAAAUAAAUAUUGCCAGAAGGUGGAGCUGUUUUACAAGAUUUAAGGGCUCAUGUACUGUCCUAGAUUGGAGUAUUACUAAAGUAAGAUGUAUUUCGAAGUGCUUUGCAGAUAAAAAAAAAAAAGAAAAUUUGAACAAGUUUAGUGACAAUUACAUAUAUUCUGUGCAGGUUGGUGCCUGUUAUAAACGUAAACAAUUAGUUAAACCAAACUAAUAAACUUUUGAAGAAUUACACCUUUUGGUUUCUCCAAUUAAUAUUGCAUUAGUCCAUGUAAUUGUUUUCCAUUUCUACCUGAAGGAUUUGGAGGCAGUGGUUCACAGGUGGAUUCAGCCCGGAUGAAUUUGGCCUCCUCGUUCGUGAAUGGAUUUGUCAAUGCAGCUUUUGGUCAAGACAAGCUGCUAACGGAUGAUGGAAACAAGUGGCUUUAUAAGAACAAGGACCACGGUGAGGCACCCUCUGGUGGUUUUGGCUUAUACCUACUUACAUUCACUAUGUAGUAUCACAUCAAAGGCACUGCAGGACAUCCAUGUUUUUUCAGGGCUCUGCUUACAAAAGUGCACUGUAAUUAAAUCAUUAAGAUUGCAGUCAUUUCUUAUAGGACACUUGCAGCAUUUACUUCGGGUUUUCUUCUGCAGGAGAAUUUGUGCAUGGCAGCAUUGUACUCAUUGGCUGAUUAUUGCUCAACUUACAAGCCGAGCAGUGCCCGAUUUUGUGUGUUUAUUUAUUUUUUUACCUUGACAUGCGAGAUCUGUGUCUAUAUUUUAAAACCAUUGUAAUGUGCGCUUGAGCUAAAUUAUUUAGAACAAGUGUCCUGUAUAAAUGUAUGAUCUUCUUGCAAAUAUACAAUAUUUUUCUAAACGUAGGACAAAGUUUGGGAGGUGGGGUUUUUUAAGUUUAUUUUAUUUUUUUUAAACCCCAAAACGUGAGGUUUAAAAAAUGUCUGCAUCCUAUAUGCCAAAUGUGUCUUCUAUACUGUGUAUACAGCUGUGAUGUAGGCCCCUCUCUCAGGAGCACCAGAGCAUUGUCAUGUGUUACCACGGCAAUGCUUCAAUGCUGGGGCUCAUACGUAGUGUGGUACAGGUUGUUUUAUUAUCUCACAAAUUUUUAUUAAAAUGUGUGGGUGAGUCCUAUAUUCUGAGAAAUAACAAACGGGGCAUUAGUAAAAUAUGUAUGUCCUUACUUUGUAUUGUCCUCCAGGUAUGCUCAGUGCUGCAGCUUCUUUGGGAAUGAUCCUUCUCUGGGAUGUGGAUGGAGGCUUGACCCAGAUAGACAAGUACUUAUACUCCUCUGAGGAUUAUAUCAAGGUGAGUCUGACUGACAAAUUUGUAAAAUAAAUCAUUAAAAUGAAUACUAAUUAUAUAUAAGCAUCACUGUUUUACUGAAACAUAGUAUGACUGAGCCAAAUAAAGAAUUUUGGGAACUAUCUGUAAAUUCCCAUAGUAGCAAAAACAAAGCCCCAUUCAUACAUUUUCCAAAAAAAAACAAACUCGGAGAAGCACCUUUUAUUCUGCAGCUCUUUACAAUAUAAUAAAGGGGGAAGAUUUGCAAUAAGUGAGACAAUUCCGAAAUGUUACAGGAACAAUAGGUUGAUAAGCUCAAAUGAGUUUACAAUCUAGAAUUUAUAACAUGAUCUGGCCAUUAUAAACACGCAUUACAUUGUGGACCUAUUGGGAUUUUGUAUGUUCAUAGAGAUAUUAGUUGACCUCCCAGUCCAUUUUUCAUUACAUUUAAUGAAGGAUGUAAUUAUAUAAUUCUACCCACUUACCAAGAAAGAGCAAAGCUUUGCAGUAAAAAUAAAAUAAAUAAAAAAAAGAUACAAAGGGCCUGUCACGUACCAGGACUUGCUGAAAGGAGUAUUAUAUUAAAAUAGUUUUGAAGUGAGAAUUUUUGGGAUAUACAUAAAGUUAAAUAUAGAAAUCCACAUCAAUUUAUCUGGCAAUUGAGUGUCUCCAUCUUGGCUCCCUGUUGGUCAUUGUUAUAAGCUGUUCUUGUCAGUUCGCAUUGAGCAGACAUACAGAGAAGACAUAUGAAAUAAUGUUUCUCUUCUCUUUAUGUGCAAGGUUUGUCCUGACUUUAACUUACCUGAACUGGAUGUGAUGUGAUUUGCUUCAAUAUAAAUUUAAAAGAAAGCAAAUCAUCUCACAAACAAACUUUAACACAAUGUAUAGGCUAUUUACAAUUUGUUUUUAAUUUUAUGAUGUAAAUUUCAGGGAAGAGACAAUUCCUCUUUAACAAUUGAUAUGUGUAGGAUGAAUUUAAAGUAUUGUAAUAAGCCUUUUUAGAAUUGUACAUAAAGACCUCUUUACCAAUUACAGUAAUUUUACUUAAAGGUAUUCUCUUGGCACUAAAACAAUUUUUUGCUUUGGGGCAGUUUUGGUGUAUACAUCAUACCCCUGCAGUAUCAUUGCUCAUUCUCUGCAGUUUACGAGGUAAACCAUUUCAUAUAUGCAGCCCUAGCCACAACUUCCAUAAAUCUGACUUUUAGAGCCUCCAUGAAAAAUGGUAUCAUUUUCAAACAAUAAUGCAGCCAAGGAUGCUACCUUAGAUUUUAUUCCCUGCUCUUUUCAAUAAGCUUUAAUCCCACACUAUGGGCUGUUUCAGGCUUCAGCAAGCAAUUAACAGAGCAGGAAUGAAGCAGUUCUAAAGUAAACACAUUGUGCAAUAAGGGAAGUUUAAAACUAAUUUAUUUUUAUUUUUAAAGCAGUGUGUUCGGUUUGGGUUGUUUUUAAAGAACAAUUAGUGAGGAGAAUUCUCCAAAUGGAGAAUUAAGGGAUAGUGAACAGAAAGCAUUUACAUUGUGUUUUUUUUGUUUUUGUUUUUCCAGUCUGGAGCUCUUCUGGCCUGUGGAAUUGUGAACUCUGGUGUGAGGAAUGAGUGUGAUCCAGCUCUGGCACUAUUAUCAGAUUAUGUUUUGCACAAUAGCAACACAAUGCGCAUUGGCUCCAUUUUUGGGUGAGUGGAUACAAUUUGAUUCUCUUGGUUUACUGCUCUGCCAAAUGGGCAGCUUAAUUUUCUGAUCUUACUACUAGUUUCCUAAUUUAAGAAGGAAAGUGUGAUUGACUUGUAUUUGUCUUUGUUUGCACUGAGAUUAGCCAUUACUUCAAAUGCCAUCUCUCUACUAUUAUAUCUAGUCUGUCCCUUCCUUUCAUUGUUUCUAGGUUGGGUCUUGCAUAUGCUGGGUCGAACCGUGAGGAUGUUCUGACUUUGCUACUUCCAGUUAUGGGAGAUUCAAAAUCCACCAUGGAAGUAAGUAAAGUCUCUAGUUUUUAUAACCUGAUAAAGACAAUAUUUCUCUCAAUGUACUUACAAUUUUUUUACUCUUCGGUAGGUAGUUGGGGUAACUGCUUUGGCUUGUGGAAUGAUUGCUGUGGGAUCUUGUAAUGGAGAUGUAACCUCCACAAUUCUGCAAACCAUCAUGGAGAAAACUGAGCAGGAACUGAAGGACACAUUUGCUCGCUGGCUACCUCUUGGAUUGGGACUAAAUCAUUUAGGUGAAGAGACUUGUUAAGGAUUAUAUAUCCCAAAAACUGUAUGUACAAUGUUUGGAUGGUGCUCCUUACAAAUGAUUUCUGUUUCAGGAAAGGGCGAGGCUAUUGAGGCAAUCCUUGCAGCUUUAGAGGUGGUGUCUGAACCAUUCCGCAGCUUUGCAAACACACUUGUUGAUAUCUGUGCAUAUGCAGGUAAGAGCUGAGUGUACUUUGGUGUGUAGGCUUGUUCUACAAUAGUAAUACACAACAAAUAGGUGGAGCUGUGAACAGAAAAUACUUCCCUCUCCAAGAUUACAGCAAAAAAAGCUGAAAAAGAAACAGAGGGAGAUACAAUAGUGUAAAUCUGACAAAACGAAAUUUGAUACUAUGUCUUUAAAUAGCACACUCACAAAAGCAGAGCCAUAAGGUAACCUGGCUCUGGUCUGGAUAUCAAUAGGAUCCUUAAGGGGAGAUCCAAGCCCCACUCCAGUUGAUAAGGGUAUUCAGGAACAAUAAAUACUUAAAAUUGUUUAAUUUAUUCCAAAGAUAAACCAAAAGCAUUUAAAAAAAAAAAGUCCAAUAGUCACCAAAACGCGUUUCGCUGGAUAGGUAUCACCAACUGAGGAAGCCUAUCCGGCGGAACGCGUUUUGGUGACUAUUGGACUUUUUUAUAUGCUUUUGUUUUAUCUUUGGAAUAAAUUAAAAACUUUUAAGUAUUUAUUGUUCCUGAAUACCAUUCUUAUCAACUGGAGUGGGGCUUGGAUCUCCCCUCAAGGAUCCUAUUGAUAUCCAGACCAGAGCAAGGUUACCUUAUGGCUCUGCUUUUGUGAGUGUGCUAUUUAAAGAAAUAGUAUCAAAUUUCGAUUUGUCAGAUUUACACUAUUGUAUCUCCUUCUGUUUCAGCUUUUUUUGCUGUAAUCUUGAAUAGAGGGAAGUAUUUUCUGUUCACAGCUCCACCUAUUUGUUGUGUAUUAUUAUUGUGUGUGUGAAGGAUACCUCACAGGUGUUUUGAGCUGUUGUAUACUACUUUGGGACAUACUUUUUUGUGUGUGUAUAUUGUUCUACAAUAGGCUUCCCAUGUCCAACAUGGUUCUGGACACAUGGCAGAAGGGAUGUAGUCAUACAUUGUUGAUGAAACCUACAACAUGUGACCACAACAAAAUGCAGUGCACCCUGCCAACAUUAAGGGAUGUGCCCAAAUGAAAACAUGGUGGAUCUGGCCAACCAUAUUUUGGAAUAAUGUAACCUGCCUUACUUCUUACUAGGAUCUGGAAAUGUCUUGAAAGUUCAGCAACUUCUUCAUAUAUGCAGUGAACACUUUGACACCAAGGAAAAGGAAGAGGAGAAAAAAGACAAAAAGGAAAAGAAAGAGGCUGCUGCUGAUAUGGGGUCUCAUCAGGUGAGAUUGUCUGUCUACUUUAAAAAGAGAAAGUGUGUUUUAAACAGGCCUCACUUUUCACUAACAAUUGGCAAGUUUAAAUUUAGUCCUGGCGACUAUGCCAUUGCACCACAAUUAUCAUUGGGGCACUUCAAUGAGGUUUGAAAUCAGCAGUGUCUGAGUGACUGAUAUCUGUGACCAAUGGACAAUUGGUAUUAGAUAAUAGAUCAUGGUACGGACUGUAUAAAUCUAUGAUGCAGCAUACAAAUGACAUACCAUUAAACAAGCUGGGAGGGUAUAAGCACAAGGAUAUGCUUUUUAUUUCACAUAAAACUGAAAUCUAGUCUUGUGGUUCUGUGAAAAGAAUGAUAAUGUAUUGAAUAAUCAAAGAUUUCCAUUUAUGAAGGAGUGUUCAUUUCUAUUCAAUCCUUUGAAACCUUAAAUGAAAUCUCAAUUAGUACACCAUUAUCCUGUUAAUAUUCUAUAUAGUAACUGUCUUUGUCUUUAAUGCAGGGUGUAGCAGUUCUAGGUAUUGCUCUUAUUGCAAUGGGAGAAGAAAUCGGUUCAGAAAUGGCAUUACGUACCUUUGGACACCUGGUAAUAAAAUGUAUUCUGCUGUAGCUGUAUUGAUAGUGUUAGAUGAGUUUUGUUUUUAUUAUUAUUAUUACCGGGUACAAUGAUUUGAAGUGGUCAUGGUGGUAGGGGUUUGCAAUGUGUAGUGUUUAAAGGACCACUAUAGGCACCCAGACCCCUUCAGCUCAAUGAAGUGGUCUGGGUGCCAGGUCCCUCUAGUGUUAACCCUGCAGCUGUAGCUGUUUACACAAGGGUUAAUCCAGCCUCUAGUGGCUGUCUCACUGACGUCUCUUGCUGCACAUGUGCAUUAGGCGUUGGCAGAGGGAGGAGAGUUCCCAAGUGCCGAGGGAGCUCGGCGCUAGAGAAAGGUAAGUGUUUAACCCCCGGGGGGGGGGGUGCACACCUGCAGGGGAAACUUGCUUUCCCCUCCGUCCUAGCUCCCUGCAUUGCUUAUUUUGAAUAAUAAAAAAAAAAAAUAUCCCUCCCCAUACCACAUCAGAGCACGCAAAUGCACUCUGGGCUAGCAAAACAGUCCAAUCAAAUGCUUCCCUAUGAGAAGCAUUGGAUUGGACUGUGCAAGGGCAGAAAUGAUGUUCGACAGAGGUGCUGGGUUUUAAGUAUGGUUUUUUGUUUUUUGUUUUUAACACUUUUUUUUUUUUUUUUUUAAGGUUUUAAAGGGUGGAUUAAAAAGAGAAGACUUAAAAACUACUAAAAUGCAUCUAAUAUCUCCCCUCUUUUUAUACAGUCUUAACUAUUCCCUCUUUCCUGCAGUUAAGGUAUGGUGAACCCACACUGCGCAGAGCAGUACCCUUGGCUCUGGCGCUUAUAUCCGUUUCAAAUCCAAGGCUAAACAUCUUGGAUACCCUAAGCAAAUUCUCUCAUGACGCAGACCCUGAGGUUUCCUACAACUCUAUUUUUGCUAUGGGGCUGGUGGGCAGCGGUAAGAUGGUUUCAUAUGUACUUGUUAUUCUGUCUGAAGAUUUGCUGCCUUUUUUUUUUCACACACUAAAACAAUGUAUUUCAUAGGUACAAACAAUGCUCGCUUGGCUGCCAUGCUGAGGCAGUUGGCACAGUAUCAUGCAAAAGACCCAAACAACCUGUUCAUGGUGCGACUUGCACAGGUACGUAUUCAUAUAUUAAACUCUACGUGUUUUUUUUUGUUUGUUUUGUUGAUGGCAAAAUUAUCAUGGCCCAAUGUUUUCCUCUCACUCUUUUUUUUUUUUUUUUAUCUCAUUGUUCUAGCUUCCCUUCCUUAUAUUUCCAUAUGUCGACCCAUUCAGUUUAUGCUAUUUAUGUUCUCAUCUCUGUUUGAAGGGGGGGUCCUUUCCUUUCACAGUCGUAAUUAAGCACUGUAAUUGAGCACAUCCAAGGCAGUGUGUGAUUUUCAGUUUGAAAUUAUAUUUUCUCAAAACUGGUUUUGUCUGUUAGACUAUUUUCAUAUUGUCAUUAAUAUCUCUGCAUAAUGGCACCACUGGAAAAAAACUUCUGUUACAAAGAGAGAAAAGUGAACUGAAGUAGUUAAAAUGCUAUUUUAUCAUAUUUGCAUUGAUUUUAAACUAAAAACCAACCUCUUAGCAGUUCAAACUAGUUUCACUGUUUAAGUGAACUGCAUUGUUGAAUAUUUGUGCUCCUAUAGCAUACAGGUGGGGUGGAGGGGUAGUACAUCUCAAUUUGAAUCUCUUUGAAGGUCCAGUAGCUACACCUAUUAAGAGAGAGGCAUUAGUAAGCAAUGAAGAUCUCCUGGGAGAGAUUAAUGUUGUGUACAUUUGUAUUACUCUUUUUUUGUUUUAUUUAACAGAUAUUUCAGUUGUCCCAUUAUUUGCCUGUGUGUACAGAAAAGCAUGUCAUUUGUUUUGUCUGUGUUAAAGAGCAAUUAUACCAACAAAAUAGAAUGACCACAUUUUAUUUAUAUAUGUGUGUGUAUAUAUAAUAAAUAUAUAUAUAUUUAUUUUAUUUUUUUUGAUUCUUUAACACCUUAAGGACCGAUGACGGUUCAUGAUCGUCACCGGAAACAACCCCAUGAGAACCGGUGACUGUCUUGAACCGUCAUAACGGUAUCAUGUACUUACUUGAUCGCUGCCGUUCCCGGCCGGGGGGACUGCCUGUCAGCCCAGACAGUCCCCCCCCUCGGCGAAUUAGGCCCCCGCGGCCACGUGAUCACUCUAAUGGUCACAUGGCCGCAAUAGGUGCCUCUGUAUCUCCCUGCCAGUGUAAAAUGAAAAAAUAAACUUUCAAAAAAAAAUCAAUCCAUGUAAAAAAAAUUAUAUAUAAUCUCUUUAAUACAUAAUGUCAAACUAAGUGUAUUUUUAUAUAUACAUAUAUUAAUAUAAAAAUACACUUAUAAUUAAAUUACGUGUGUGUGUGUAUGUAUAUGUGUGUGUGUGUGUGUAUAUAUAUAUAUAUAUAUAUAUAUAUACACAUAUACACACACUCAAGAUAUUUUUAAAAACAAGUUUUCAAAAACUAUAUAUAUCUAACGGUAUUUUUAGAGAGAGAUAUAUAUAUAUAUAUAUAUAUAUAUAUAUAUAUAUAUCCAUAUACAAAAUUACAUAGAUAAUCUCAUAAAUAUACACGUAGACUUCAAAUAUAUAAAUAUGUGUAUAUAUUUAAAUUCCUAGUGCAUAUUUAUGUAAAGUUUUUACAUAAUUAAAGGACCACUAAAGUGCCCUGAGGGUGCCCCACCCUCAUGGCCCCCCUCCCGCCAGGCUGAAGUUAGAGGAAGGCGGUUAAACACUUACCUUUCUCCAGCGCCGGACUCCCUCGGCGCGGGGGACUCUCCUCCUCCUUUGGAUGUCAUCGGCUGAAUGCGCAUGCGUGGCAAGAGCCGCACGCGCAUUCGGUCAGUCCAUAGGAAAGCAUUCUCAAUGCUUUCCUAUGGACGCUGAUAUCUUCUCACUUUUAAAAUCCCAGUGAGAAGCUUAUGUAGAUAAGUUUUUUUCAAGUAAAAGUCCAAAACAUGAUUUGGUUUUUUUUCUUCAGUUUUUCACUAUUUUUUUUUUUUUUAAGUAAAAUAUGACAUGAUACAAAUCAUGGUAUGUAAAGAAAGCCCUUCUUGUCCUGAAAAAAAAUAUAUAAUUUGUAUGGGAACCGUAAAUGAGAGAGAGAGGAGAAUUACAGCUAACGCAAACACCACAAAAGUGUUAAAACAGCCCUGGUCCUUAACGCACAACAGCGCUAUGGAAUCUGAUGGUGCUAUAUAAAUAAUAAUAAUAAUAAUGGCCAAAACAGUCUGGUCCUUAAGGGGUUAAAUAUGCUAUGGCUUAGAAAUAUUUUCUUUAGUUUACACAGGAUAGAUAAAACAUUAGCAGUGAAGAAUGGAAACUAUUUAACCCUGAACUAUACAUUUUGCAGUAAUCCAUUUUGUUUGCUUUUGUUUUUCUUAUCUGUUAAUAUUGAUAUCUACAAAAGAAUAGAAAUAUUUGCAUAGAAAUUCAUGGUGCGUGGAAAAGGUAAAACCUACUACCUAUUAUCCAUUUGUUUCCAAUUCAACAAGCAUUCAUCGCCAUGUGCUUUCCAGUAUAUUUUAUAAUCAAACUUUGUAAUCUCCUCAGACUGUGACCGUACAUUUUUGUGUCAAAUACAUUCCAUGCCUGUUUUUAAGUCAUUUGUUUUCCCCUUGAGGGUAUAGACUUAGUUAAUACUUUUUAUUUUGAUGGUGUACAGUGCAUCAACAAGUGAAAAGUCAAACUGUAGCUAAAUGGUAAAUAUUUGGAUAAAAUAAAAAAAUUAUUUGGGGGAGGAGGGCAUGAGCAGGAGGCUUAUAUUUGACUAACAUUUCUAAUUCAGGAAAGCAUAGAUAAUGCCACUAUGCGGUAGCGUUGAAUUCUGGGGGUUAUUGGAUAAAGAAAAUCCUUAGAAGUACUGGUUUAUUCAAUCAUAAUGCAACAUAGUUGAAAACACUGUAAAACUCAUUCAGGAGUAUGAGUUGGUUAAUGAAUGCACAAAAGACCAAAAAUUCUGUGCACAGAAUAACAAAUUACCUGCAUGAAAGGGGGAAACAGAAACCUAUCAGGGCACUAAAUGCUUUUCGCGUCUAAAAUUGACACUUUAUUAACUCAAAUCACGUAUAGUGCAUUUAAAAGAGAGAAAUAAACAAACCUCCCAAUCUGACACCCUUUGGGUGGCCUGUUCCAAUAUCUUUACAAGACUAGAUUUUACCAGAAUGCAGCAAUGUAGAAUUCUCAAAUUUUUGCUUUAUAUAAAAAUUCAGGAUUUUUCUAGCUUUAGUGAAGGAAUAAUCUAAAUGUUAUUAACGACAGACGAAUAUUUGCUUAAUCUUUCUUUACUGAACCUCCCAGCAGCAAAGAAACCAUUAACAAUGAUGUAAAAAAUGUAACCAAUCUGUGUCAUCAAGCUCCUUCCGACUCCUGUUUCUUGCUGUAGCCGAGACUAGCAUAGAUCAACCAUGUAAACAGUGUAACUUUAUGAACAAUAGACAAAGCUGAUGGUCCUGUACUUGACAAACCCUGUAAACCGAGAACUGUUGAGCUGUAGGCAGGCUCCAUGUUAUAACAACCAUAGAAAAGUCUUCACACUAGAAGGAAACAGAGAAUUCCAUGAAAGUAUAGAUUCUCUUACCAAAGAAAAUCAAGUCUAUUAAUUACAUAUAGUUAACAUUAAUCAGUAGCAUACUAUCAAUAAUAAGUAUUGGUGAGAAAACAAUAAAUUCCUGAAUAUGAUUACUAGAAUGUUUUACCUAUGGCAUAUGGUGCAUAAGACUAACGCUGGAACUAUCUAGUAACUUACCCAAAGGGUGGGAAAAGAGAUAUUAAGGGAGGGAAAAUAUUCUCCUCUUGUCGUUGAUAACAUUUAGAUUAUUCCUUUACUAAAGCUAGAAUAAUGCCUCAUUUUAUGUCAAAACAGGAGGCUUCAUAUUUGCCGUUUUUUUUUUUUUUUCCAUUUAAAGAUUUUUAUUGGUUUUCAUCUUGGCAAUGCCGUAAACACAGACAUGACAUGGGGGAGGGGAGGGGGUACAGAACGAAAGCGGGGGGGGGGAGGGGGUCCAUACCAAGUUUUUUUACAUCAAUGUUUACAUUCACAAUGUACAAUUUUUGAGAUCUCCGGGUGUGUCAUUUUCCUACAUACAUUUUCUAAGUUCUAAGUUCGUACGUCUGACCACUUCUACAUUUGUCCCUAACAUGGUGUAUUGUUGUUCGCUUGUCUAUCGUUAUCUGGUGAUCGACCCUGGGAGUCGAGUACAUCUAGUAGUUUAGCCGUCGGGUGUGUCUCCUGUUCCCCUCACUUCCCACAGCCUCCAUGCUUCAACUGCUGUGUCUGUUAAGGGAAGGACCCCUCGGUAGCAGGUUUCAUAUAGGUGUUGUGUAUCAAUGUCCCUGCAGACCUCUGCCACCAGUGGUGGUUGUUGAGAUUUCCACAACCUAGCUAUUGCCCUCUGAGCUGUCAAGAGGAUGUGGAAAGCUAAUUUCUGUAUCCCUUUAGGUAUAUUGCUUGGCAUGUGUAGUAGGAGACUUGUUAUGGGUGUGGAGGGGAGCUUGGUGCCUGUUGCGGCUCGAAUCAGGCAGUGUAUGUUGCGCCAGAAGCUGGUGACUAGUUCACAUUGCCACCAUAUAUGAAGUACUGUACCCUCUCCCUUUCCGCACCUCCAGCACUCCGGGGAUGAACCUGGGUAUAGUUUGUGUAAGCGAAUGGGGACCAUGUACCACCUAUAUAGGGUCUUCCUAUAUUGCUCCAAUAGCACCUCCGACUUUAUUAGUUUUUUGGUCGUCACUAUAGCCCGCUCCCACUGAUCUUUACUUAUGUGGCAUUGUAGGUCUUGUGCCCAGUGCUUGGCUGGAUUAGAAUCUGCAAAGUGUUGUGUGGGUCGGAUGAGUUGAUAACACCAGGAUAGUGGCUUAAAUGUCGGUGCCCAUGAACCUCUAGUGGUUGUUUGUUCCCAUUUCGUCAUACCGAGGGGGUUGUCAUCUGGGGCAGAGGACUGCCCUGUGUGUUUACGUAUGAAUGAGCUUAACUGUAUAUGGGAGAAUUGGGAGGCCUCUGGUAUGUGGAAUUCCUUUUGGAGAGUUGGGAAGGUUUUUAGUUUGUUAUGCGCAAGUAUUUGCAAAUAUGUGACCCCUUUAGCUAUCCAUGGCUUGGCGUUAAAGGUUGGGAUGCAGUAUGUGAUAGUGUUGAGCGGGGUGGCUGGCGAUAGAGGGGUAGGUGUUACCAGUUUAUGUCUAAGCUUGUCCCAAGCCCUGACUGCUAUUUUUAGCUGCGAUGGCAUCUGUGGAGUUUCUGGUCGAAAUUUUUUAGGGAGCCACAUUAUGGUGGGUACAUCAAAGGGUUUUAUGGCCUGUUUUCCAUAAGCACCCAUUGCGGUAAAGCCGUGUUUGUGAAGUGGGGAAGGGUUGUUGCUAAUAGCGCUGCUUGGUAAUAUGUCUUGAUGUCCGGUAAGGCAAGGCCACCCUGUCUCACCGGUGUUUGUAGCAGUAUUCUCUGCACUCGAGCUUUUUGGCCCCCCCACACAAAUCUAUUAACGUCUUUUUGUGUGUCUCUAAGGUAGGACAUAGGUACCUGAAUUGGUAAGUUUCUGAACAGGUAUUGAAGCCUCGGGAGUAUGGACAUCUUAACUGUUGCUACUCUCUCUGUCCAUGUCAGAAACAGGGUGCUCCAUUUUUUCAUUAGUUGGCGGUAGUCUCCCCACACUCUGACAUAGUUUGCAGGGAAGGUUUCUGUAGGGUUUUUUGUGAAGGUCAGUCCUAAGUAUUUUAUCGUGUCUGCCCUCCAUUCAAAAUUGUGGUCUUUUUUAAGUGCGGUGAGUGUUUGUUGGUUGAGCCGCACUCCCGUAUUCUUUUAUGAGGUCUAAGAUAAGUGGGAGCGAUUGCUCUGGUUUAGAAACACAGAGGAGUAUGUCAUCCGCAAAUGCACUAAUUUUAACUUCCCUGCCAUGUACCUCAAUUCCGCGGAUACCCUCUCGCUGCCUAAUUUGAACCAGUAGUGGUUCCAGGGCUAGGACGUAUAGUAGCGGCGACAGGGGGCAUCCCUGCCUCGUACCAUUCGUUAGAGGGAAUGGGUCAGAGAGAAAGCCGGCUUGCAGUACCCGGGCGGUGGGACCUGCGUAUAAAGCAAAGAUCUGUUUGAUAAAUAUUGCGGGGAUGUCAUACUUUAGGAGCGUAUCAAGUUUAGACAGGAGAGGUAUCAAGUUUAGACAGGAGAGAUUUGAGGUACGAGGCUUGGUUGUCAUUCGGGAAGUACGUUGUCCCUAUGGUGUAUUGUGUGUUGUUGAAAAGCCCCACCACUAUAAUAUACCUUCCCGUAGGGUCUAUAUGGCUGUUUUGUGGAGUGAAGACCACGUCUUUGUGCACUAAGAUGGAAACCCCUUUCGUUUUUGCUUCUGACAGGGCGUGAAACUGUAUAGGGUAUAGUUUUGAGAAGAGGGAAGGUGCAGUGGGACCCCUAAAGUGCGUUUCUUGGAGGCAUGCUAUAUCUACUGAGUUCUUCUUAAGCUCGUGUAGAAGUAGUCUUCGUUUUUCAGGGGAGUUAAGCCCCCGUACAUUAUAGGAUACUAUUCUCAUUCUGGUGUGGUUUCCCUAGGAUUCGCUGGGGUUGGUACCCGUGUAUGUAGGCUGUCGGAUUGUCUCUUAUAGUGGGGUGAUUGGGAUAUGGACUUUCCUAGUGGUUCAGUGUGAUUAGUCAUUGUAAAAGGAUGUGGUAUGGAGGCAAGAGGGGGAUGAAGGAAGGUCAACUUGUGUCGUCUGUUUUCGGGCCGUUUCUUAUAAGGGGGAGAAAAGGGGGUAGGCGAGGGCAUAGCCCUGUUAGGCUCCUUUGGGUUGAGCCUUAGUGCGGCGCCCGGGGGUCGCUUGCACGUUAGUGGGGUCGUGAAGUUGGGACACUCCCGUCAGGAGGGAGUCACUCGAUCCAGCACGCACCGGGGCACUAUGGGUAUAGGUGUCAUUAGCUGCAUGUGGUUUUUUUUUUUUUUUUUUGGUACAUGCUACGGUGCCCCAACUCCCUAACCUAUUGUAAUUGGGCAGUGUCAAAAUCUAGCCGAGAGUAUAUCUCGUUAUCUACUGUAGUAGUUGGUGCGUGGGGAAGUCAGGGGGCCUCAGUAGUCCCGUUUGCAAGCUUUGGGUGUGUGGCAGUAGUAUAACAAAACAUAAAAUGUAAAACAGCAUAAUAACUAGUGCAACAAAAUAGUUCAUAACUUGGGUGAGCGUCUUACGUAUACCGCAUGGGUAUGGAGGCUCUUUAUCUGGAUGCCCAGUCUUGAGUCAGACGAGGAACUUUCGCCGGGCCCGUUUUCGCCAUCUCUGCCAGCGGGAUACCCCAGUCUUCCAGCAGCCGUAUACCUUGUGGUGCCGACGUGAUGGAGUGGAGGGAAUCUUGGUGGUACACUAGCAGCUUGGCAGGGUAACCCCAUCUGUAGCUCAGUCCCUGUGUGCUUAGCGACAGCGUAAUUUGCGCCACAGAUUUGCGGAACUGCAGUGUUUCUGCUGACAGGUCAGAGAAGAUUUUUAUGUUGUGGUACUUCUCAGGCAUCCCUUUGUUUCUGUUUGCUCUGAUGAUCCGUUCCUUGGCAUGGAAGAAAUGCACUCUCGCUAUGACGUCUCUCGCUGCGGUGGUAGGUAAGUGGCUAGGUCUCUGAAGACGGUCCGCUCUGUCUAGUAGUAGUUGAUCUGGAUGCAGUUCAGGGGUCAGCUGCUGGAACAUAUCUUGUAAAUAGUUGUCUAGGUCAGCAUUUGUUACCGAUUCCGGUAUUCCCCUAAAUCUGAGGUUGUUCCUCCUAGACCUGUCUUCCAGGUCUGCCAGCUUGAUUUUUUUGGGCUGUGAUAGUGUCUUCUAGUUCCUGCAUUUUGUCAGCCACACUGUUAUGGGCCACUGAGAAGUCGUCCAUUUUGGAUUCCAGGUGUGCGGUACGGGUCCCUAUAUCUUGCAGAUCCUUUCUGAGCUCAGCUGUCAGUGUGAGCAUUUGAGCCCUGAGGCUCCUCUGCACUGAGUCUGUUAGUUCUGUCAUCAUGCUCCUCAUGGUGGCCACCGUGUGGGGUUGGUCAUCCACAUUCAUUUCAGGGGAGGCUGGGAAGCGGGGGAGCCCUCCCGCGAUCGCGGCGGGCCGCCAUCUUGUUCCUGGGUUUCCCGCGUUUUCAUCUGUGCGGCUUUUGUUAAGAAAAAGGACGCUUUAUCCGCUUUCGCGGGUUUGCUUUUUUGCCUCUGGGACAUGGUGGGUACUUGCGGUGAUGCUAGCGGUGGGAAUCGCUCGUUAGACCGGUUUUUUUAUUGCCCCGUGCGGCUCGAUUGGCGGGAGCUACUCCGACAUGCGGCCGUGCAGCUCGAGCGCCAAACCACGCCCCCAUAUUUGCUGUUUUAACGCUCCUGUAUGAUAGAAGAGGCAGCAUGUGCAUAGGUUUGAGAUAGAAAGUACAAAACAUUGACUCUGUGGACCAAUCCGUGGAGGAAAAGAUGUCUGAGAGGGAACUGCCUGCUUGAAAGGCGGAAGAUGCGGCUGCUCCCCUGACUGGUCAAUCCUAGCCUUGUAGGAAGUCAUCUGAUCCAUCGUGAGAGAGGAGACCGGUUUUUGGGGUCCCGAAGGGGAACGGAUUAAUGCUGUGGUAUCUAUAUAAUGUCGAACACAACGUGCCACGCAGAGGGACAGUCUUCUCGAAAAGUACAGGGAAAAGACUGAGGAAGAAUUUGUCUUCAUACGUCUGUUGAUAUUAAAUCUAGCCCCUUCAGGUGUGAAUACUACAGCGUGGGAGUCCAAUUGCCAGUCGCUGACUUCCCUCCAAUGACUGGAGAUCCAGUCUGCUACUAGAUUGUCUGUGCCUGAAAAAUAUUCCUCCCGAAUGGACAGCUUUCUCUCUCUACCAAAUUGGUAGAGACCCUUGGUAAGGUUGGACAGCAGUUUGGAUCGGUUUCCUCCCAAUCGAUUCACAUAACGCACUGCUGGGACAUUGUCCAUGCGUAACACUAGAAAACAAUUGAAGAAAUCUUUUGUGAAACUGCAGAUCGCAAAGGAUCCUGUGAUUACUUAGUUGAUGUGUAGAGCCUGUUCCGAAGGGGACCAUAGUCCUCCAGUGGACGUCUCUGAGCACGUUGCACCCUAUCCCAGCAGACUGGCAUCGGAUUGCAGAACGAAGUCCGGCUGCAAACCGAAUAUGGCUUUGCCAUUCCAGGCUUCCAUGUUGUGAAGCCAAAAUCGUCUGUAUCAAAUUUAUUUGAAAUCCGAGAAACGUAACCAUCUGAGAGGGUUCCAUAUCCGAUUUCUGAAACUUUAUAACAAAUCUCAGGUUUUGUAACAAGGCAGUUGUCCUGUCCGUGUGGUGACGGAGAAGUUUUGGAUCCUGAGCCAUGAUUAGGAUGUCGUCCAAAUAUACAAUGGAACGAAUCCCCUGAGAACGGAAUAAUGCCAUGACUGGUUUCAUCAAUUUCGUGAAACACCAUGGUGCUGCGCAAAGACCGAAAUGAAGGCGUGUGAACUGCCAAAUUUCUCCUUGCCAUUGGAAUUGAAGGUUGAGGGCAACUGAAACUGUGAGAUAUGCGUCCUUGAGAUCGAAUCUGGAGAACCAAUCCCAAUCUCAGGAGGUCCCUGAGAAGAUGGAUGCCCUCCAUCUUGAAAUGACGAUGUCUGACAUGUUGAUUCAAUUCUUUCAGGUUGAUAAUUAAGCAAAGCUCUCCUGUCUUUUUGAGGACAAGGAACUGUUAAAACAAUAUGUAGAUCAAACAAUAUGUAACUUUAAAAACAAGGAUAGCAGAACAUAUUUGUAGCAUCAGAAAAGAGUAGGGCAAACCCCUGUGUCCAAACAUUUUAAAUCAUGUGCAGGAGAAGAUCUAACCUUGUUUACGUUUAAGGAAUACACAGGUGUAAACAUUGGGAGAGAUGAACAUAAAUUGCUAUUGAGAGAUGAAAUGUAGUUUUUACCUUACAAAUGAGAGCCCCCAGUCAUGGUCUCCAUAUAGAAUGGGAUCUAAAUCAGGUGUUUAAACAUUAGAUAAAUUACGGUAUCUGUACACUCCUCAAUCGUUUUUAUUUUUGGGUUUUUUUCUUCCUUGUUGUUGGCUUCACAUUUUGAAUAUAUAGAGGUUGUCUUUCUGUAAAUCCAUGAAAGUUAUUCUGUGAAUAGUGUUGUCCUUGUGAUUUGUAAUCAUUCCAUGAUUUUCCUAGACUUCUUUUAGUGACACCCCUUUGGGUGUCCCUAAUUGAUUUGGCUUUGUUGAUUUGGAGAUUUAUAUAUAAUUGGAAGGGAUAGACAUAUAUUUAUUUUGAUUACAGAUCCAAAUCAGGGAUAUCCACUACAUGAGAGAUAUAUUGGGAAUCUGGCUAUGCAAAAAUGGUUCUGAUUUUGUAUUAACUUUGAUUAGGAUAUCGGGGUUUUGAAAUGAAUCCUACAUUUGGAAACUGUGUAUACCCAUUAAUGUUUGGCAACUUUCAGCAGUUACAUUUGACAAUAUGUUAUAAUAUAGGAGAGCUAUGAAUCGUUCACUAACUAGAUUAAUACCGUUCUCGUGUUAUAUUGUAAUAUGUCACAAUGGCGGAUACAACAAUAUUGAGAACUAACAAAGACGAAUACUAUAUUCUAUUCCAUAUUAGUUUGUGUAGAAUUAAGGUUUGGAGAAUAUUAGUAAUAAAUAAGCUAUACUAGACAUGUUUUAUUGGGAAUUAACCUUACCGAAUAUAAAUGAAACAAAUAGGAAGGUACUUUUUAAAUUUUUAUUAAAGUUAGAACUCUAUAGGCAUUAGGCAUAUAACAACGUUAAGUCAAUAAUCCCCAACUUGCCUUCUGCUUUGCUCUGCAGUUAAUUUAUAACCUGGAUCUAACAUGGACUUUUUUCUGUGAUAACCAACCUGUUUUGGCUUAUGCACCUAAAUAAUGCAAAUAUUAACCUGAUUGUUUAUUCUGUUUUACAUUUAUAUUGUAUUUGGUAAAUUGUAUCUAGAUGUAAGCGAGUGUUUCUUUACUAAUUUUCUGGGUUUAAAUCUUGAUCCUGACUGCAAUUUAACGAAUAUACCCUAAUACAGAUAUAUGGAGAUAUGCAGUUUUGCUUCAUGAAUUAGGCAAAAGACAAAGUUGUAAUUUAACCCCUUGGACUUUUACAAAUGUUUAGAAACCGUUCAUGUUACUUAUGAUUUUCUGUCGUAUGUGUGAGCUAUGUAGUUUAAACUACUUACAUUAUAGAAUUUCCACACAAAAAAAAUAUAUAUAUAUGUACAUUUCAAUUUGCAUAAAACAGAAGUCUGGCAUUAAUUACAUUGUUUAUUUAUUUGAAAACCAUUUUUUGGAAUUUUAAGUGAAAGAAUGUUUGCUUAUCCAGCUCCAGGUGACCAGCUAUUACUACAGAAAAAGGGCUGCGCUUAAAUAAAAAGUAUAAAAGUCCAGAUAGAAUAAAUAAAUAAAGGAGAGAAGGUCUUAUCUUGCAAUGUCCGUAAUGCUUAGUCCGAAACAGUAAUCUUGCUUUCUGUCUUUCUUGUGGACUGUCUCGUAUGUAAGAGAUAAAAACAGAUACAAAACCACAAUGGUGCAGUAUAUCUUAAUGUAAAAGGAAUAAAAUAUAAAACCUUGAUUGCGAACUCACAUAUCCAAGAGCUAGAACCUGCUCUGGUAUAGAAGGCGUACAGCGGUUUAGAUCCCCGCUUAUGGGAUAUGGGAUGGUUAUCCUUCACGUAUUUCCUCCUUCCGUUGGUAUAAGAAAUGCUCAAAUAAAAUAAAAAUAAAAAGAGACAGCCAAUAGUGUUCUCUGCGUGAAAUUAAAAUAGAAUAUAAAAUAAAAUAAAAAUGGAUACUCACAAGACAGGAGCAGGUCAACUGCUCCUGGUAUUUCGCACUGGUGGAAUAAUCCCCACCUAGGAUUGCUUGGAGUCCAGGGAAUAAUGCCAGGUAAAAAUAAUACUUAUAUAGGUAUAAAAAGAUAAGUGGUACAAUAAAAGAUUAUAAAAUAUACUUUAAUUGUAACAUUACACAAUAUAAAAAACCAUAAACGCGUUUCGCCAAUCGGCGUUAUCAAUAUGGGUGAAGAACCUGAUACCUGGCAGUGGAUCAUUUAAAUAGCAUAUACAAUUAAUUCAAAAAUUGGCGCCAAAAUUUGGGCAGCCAAUCAGAUUGCAGUAAAAAAUUACAUUCAAUGGAACACUAAUAAAACAUGAUUAAUAAUAUGCAUAAGAAAAGAACUAAAAAAACUUAGUACAUCAUAUAGUUUAACUUUAAAAACGAUCAGUAGUUUGUGCAGAAAAACUCUGUGAUGCACGGUCACAUGACCGGCAUCGAAACCGAAGGGGAUGAUGGGAUGUGUAGUUCGGCGCCGGCCGGCACUGCGCAGCCGCCGGCGUCGUGAGGGGGAACUGGUAGCUGGCGUCUGGACGCAGCCGCUCGCAUAGCAGAUGCGUCCAGACGCCAGUGGGCGGAGCGAAAGGCGGACGUACAUGAUGACGGCGGCACGCACAAAACAGUAGCAUAAAUUUGUUCGAAAAGCAACUCUAAAAAGAUUUUUCAUGGAAAAACCUGAACAAUAUGCUACCAUAACCCCGUCAAUACCUUCAUGUAAUAAUAAUAUUAUUAAUACCUCCCUUAGAAAGAAAUCCACUUUUUAUCCUGCUCAUUAUAAGUCUGCACCCCUCACUAUGUUUGAAAAACUUGUUACAAAAGAUUUAGAAAAAAUAAAAAACAACAGAUAUGACCCCCACAAUUUAACCCAUCUAGAAAAGAUAGCUCUGUAAGAACUUCAAAAUGAUGAAAAUAUUGUGAUCAAACCAGCGGAUAAAGGUGGAGGAAUAGUUAUUCAAUCUACUCAAAUGUACAUAAAUGAGGCUCUCAGACAACUAAAUGAUGUAAAUAUAUAUGAAAAACUCACAGCAGACCCCAUAAAACAAAUUCAAAAUGGUUUUAUCGAAUUUUUAAAUAAAGGUGUGGAGCAAGGUAUUUUAAAUAAACAAGAAUUUAAUUUUUUAAAUAAUCAACAUCCUAUAACACCUGUAAUCUAUUUCCGCCCGAAAAUCCAUAAAAGUGAAACCCUUCCCCCUGGAAGACCAAUUGUAUCAGGCAUAGGUUCCCUUUUAUGCAAUCUUUCGCAAUAUAUAGAUAUUCUUUUACAACCCUCAGUCAAACUCAUGAGAUCAUACCUUCAAGAUUCCAUGGCUCUUUUAAAUUUUUUAAAUAAUUUUACAUGGAAAUCUAGUUUUAUAUUGGUGACAUGUGAUGUUCAGUCACUAUAUACGAUCAUACCUCAUGAUAUAGGCUGUCAAGCUGUAAAAGAUAUUUUAACCAAAGAAGGGAAAAUGAUUGAUCAACAAAUAGAGUUUAUUUUAGAAGGUAUUAAUAUUAUUUUAAACAACAACUAUUUUUGGUUUUUAGACUCUUUUUAUCUGCAAAAAAGAGGCACUGCCAUGGGGACCAGGUUUGCUCCCAGCUAUGCAAACUUGUUUAUGGCCGACUGGGAGUCAGAAGCCAUUUUUGGUAAUCAUGCGUGGAGAGCGAACCUGGUCUCCUCUUUUAGAUAUAUUGAUGAUCUGUUUUUUAUUUGGGAUGGUACCGAAGAAGCUCUUAAUUCUUUUAUCACUAACCUUAACCUGAAUAAUAGAGGCAUAAUCCUUACCUGUGAAUACAGUAGAGAACAAAUCAAUUUUUUAGACCUUGACAUUUUUAUAAAAGGUGGUAUGGUACAUACAAAAACUUUCUUUAAAAAGGUUUGUGUUAACACUGCCAUUGACAAAAAUAGCUGUCAUUACCAACCAUGGCUAGACAGCGCUCCUAAAAGUCAAAUACUUAGACUUAGAAGAAACUGUUCAGAACUUAAAGACUUUGAGAUACAAGCGAAUCUCUUAAAAGAUAAAUUCAUUGAAAAAAACUACUCAAAAUCAGAAUUAGAAAGUACCAUCAUGGAGAUCCAAGGGAAAGAUAGGAAUGAACUCCUAAAAUAUAAACCUAAAACUACGGACACAGAUAUGCCUUUACCGAUUAUUUUUAACUUUAAUAAUAAGAGUAAUAAUGUUAAAAAAAUCAUAAAAAAACAUUGGCACCUUCUUAAACAAGAUGAAAUAUUAAACAAAAUUAUACCUGAACACCCGAAUAUUAUAUUUAGGGGUGCCCAAAAUUUUAAAUCUAUUCUGACUAAUAAUUUUACAAGAGAAAAAACUUCUAAAAAAAAACCCCCUAUAUCCUUUUCCCCACAAAUUAAAGGCUUCUGCAAGUGUAAAAUGUGCAUUGUGUGUAAAUCCACCAACUCUGAUGUUCCACCCAAAGUAACGGAAUUUUCAUCAAAAAGGACUAAUAAGGUUUACAAAAUAAAUGAUUUUAUUAAUUGCUCCACGAAAAACGUGAUAUAUCUGCUUGAAUGCCCUUGUGGCCUCCAAUAUGUUGGAAUGACCACAAGGUGUUUAAAAAUACGUUUGAGCGAACACUGCAGAAAUAUCAAGAAUGGAUACUUAAAUCAUUCAGUAUCCAAACAUUUCAUUAUACAUAACAAAGAUCCUAAAAUGUUGAAAUGUAUUGCUAUAGGGAAAUGUAUGGUUCCAUGGAGGGGUGGAAACAUUAAAAAUAUUUUAGGCAAAAAAGAAAUGGAGUGGGUCUAUACACUUCAAACUCUUGCACCUUAUGGCCUGAAUGUUGAUUUUGAUUUGUUAAAUUUUUUAUAAUUAAGAGCAUUUAAUAUAUGUUUUUAUACCAUUUUAUUCCAUUGAUUUGUUUACACACUAUGCCUGCUCUUACUAUUUAGCAGAGCAGGCAUGAUGCUAAUGUUAAUUUUUAUCUACUGCCUCUUUCCAUUUUGCUUUUAUUUUAUUUUAUUUCUAUUUAUUAUUACUAUUUUCUCUUUUACUUAUCUUUAUUUAUUUUUAACAUAUUCUUUUUAUUCCAUUUAUCUUUAUUUCUUCUUUUUUUUCCCCCCUCUUCUAUUCGGCCAUAGCCGACUCCGCCGUGUUUUAUCUCCAUGACGACGGCCACAGCGUUGUGUGAGCCGUCGUCUAUCUACUUCCUGAUGACGGCGGCUACUGUUUUGUGCGUGCCGCCGUCAUCAUGUACGUCCGCCUUUCGCUCCGCCCACUGGCGUCUGGACGCAUCUGCUAUGCGAGCGGCUGCGUCCAGACGCCAGCUACCAGUUCCCCCUCACGACGCCGGCGGCUGCGCAGUGCCGGCCGGCGCCGAACUACACAUCCCAUCAUCCCCUUCGGUUUCGAUGCCGGUCAUGUGACCGUGCAUCACAGUUUUUCUGCACAAACUACUGAUCGUUUUUAAAGUUAAACUAUCUGAUGUACUAAGUUUUUUUUAGUUCUUUUCUUAUGCAUAUUAUUAAUCAUGUUUUAUUAGUGUUCCAUUCAAUGUAAUUUUUUACUGCAAUCUGAUUGGCUGCCCAAAUUUUGGCGCCAAUUUUUGAAUUAAUUGUAUAUGCUAUUUAAAUGAUCCACUGCCAGGUAUCAGGUUCUUCACCCAUAUUGAUAACGCCGAUUGGCGAAACGCGUUUAUGGUUUUUUUAUAUUGUGUAAUGUUACAAUUAAAGUAUAUUUUAUAAUCUUUUAUUGUACCACUUAUCUUUUUAUACCUAUAUAAGUAUUAUUUUUACCUGGCAUUAUUCCCUGGACUCCAAGCAAUCCUAGGUGGGGAUUAUUCCACCAGUGCGAAAUACCAGGAGCAGUUGACCUGCUCCUGUCUUGUGAGUAUCCAUUUUUAUUUUAUUUUAUAUUCUAUUUUAAUUUCACGCAGAGAACACUAUUGGCUGUCUCUUUUUAUUUUUAUUUUAUUUGAGCAUUUCUUAUACCAACGGAAGGAGGAAAUACGUGAAGGAUAACCAUCCCAUAUCCCAUAAGCGGGGAUCUAAACCGCUGUACGCCUUCUAUACCAGAGCAGGUUCUAGCUCUUGGAUAUGUGAGUUCGCAAUCAAGGUUUUAUAUUUUAUUCCUUUUACAUUAAGAUAUACUGCACCAUUGUGGUUUUGUAUCUGUUUUUAUCUCUUACAUACGAGACAGUCCACAAGAAAGACAGAAAGCAAGAUUACUGUUUCGGACUAAGCAUUACGGACAUUGCAAGAUAAGACCUUCUCUCCUUUAUUUAUUUAUUCUAUCUGGACUUUUAUACUUUUUAUUUAAGCGCAGCCCUUUUUCUGUAUUUUUUGUGUUUUAUCCUUAAGGGUUUUUGAGGGAUUCCCUUUUAGGGUUGCUGCUUAUUUGUGUUAUUCAGCGCUCACUCAUUGUCUUGGUUUUGACCAGCUAUUACUGCCUCAUUCUACAGAUGUUGAGCUAUUAAAGUGGCUCUGUCAACAUCUGGGGUUUUUGCAUAAUUUGCAGAGACUCCUGACGGUAACUGCUGGGUGUCCAGUGGCAACGGAAUGCAGGGAAAGGUGAGUUAUACUUACCUGAAUCUGUCCCUUGUGGCUGCCACUAUGGUCUUCCUAGCAAUCUGCUUCAGCUACUGGAGUUUCAUCUGGCAGGAGCUCGUGUCAGCGAGAUCUAUAGAGCAACCACAAGACCGCAGGAUCCUAUAGCCGUCACUUGUGGUGGCUGGGGGAAGUGAUACAACUUGAUCAAGGGAGUUUUGCCUUUUGUCAAGUUUUUUUUUUUUGUCAAGCGUAGGAAAAAACCACAAAGACAAAGAUCACUUUGUCUUAGUACAUAUUUUGACUGGGUUUGAAUUCCAGUGAAACUCCAACACCACCAAUGUGAGUAUUUCAAGAUUUUUUAUUUAUUUAUUUUUUAUAAAUACGCAAUUGGUUGAUAGCUGCUUUAACAUAUUUCCAUAUGUUCACUUUUUUCACUUAUAACUCCUGCGUUAGAAAGAGCUCGGUUUCUCCACGAUUACUUUAACAGAUCUUUUAAUAGGAUUGGAUUAUGGGAUUAGAAUCUACACUGCACUCCUCAAAAUGCAGGGGCCAAGUAGACUUGAUACUGUCAGUUUAUAUUACAGGUUUGUUUAGUUUGUCUGCACCAGCCCUUAAUGGUCAAGUAUCCAAGAGAGUGAGGUACAGCGUAACACUUUUAAGUAACUGCUAAAUAUUACAAUGUGACAGUGGCCUACACACAAUUGUCUUGUAUUUUAUGGCCAAAUUUUGCACUAUGGAUUUUUAGAGUUUAAUCUUUUCUGUAGAUCUUUUAAGAUUUAAUCUUUUUUUGUAGAGGAAUCUGAAUGAGCUCAGCCGCUUAUUCAGAAUCCUCUACAAACUUACAUAUUUUUUGAGGAAGCUGGUGCGUAAAAUGUUUCACUAGAGCAGUGAUAGGCAACCUUCGGCACACCAGAUCUUGUAGACUACAUCUCCUUUGAUGUUUUGCCAGCAUAGAGCAUUAUGGGAGAGAAGUCAACAACAUAUUGAGUGGCAAAGGUUUCCUACCCUUGCGUUUUCAGCUUUAAUAAUGCACUUCAUACAGUCCUUUCGUGUGACUGGCCUUUAGCAAUUAAACUUUGUGUAUUUAAAUUACAUUGAUCCAGUCAACUGUUUAACCAGUCAUGAUUAACUUAGAAUAUGUCAAGAUCAACACUUGGCUGUAGGGACAUGUUUUGUUUUUUUGCUUGUGUUAAUAAGUCUUGAGUUAUUGUCAUGAUGUUAAGCUAAGCACGUUAAGAUGAUGGCUGUCUUGAAUGUGGCAGCUUGCCUUUCGUGUGAACUUGCAUAGCAAAACACAAGCACUAGGUGUCACUCAUGUUAUAACUUAAUAUCUAUGCUUGCCUUUUUAGACAUGUCUCCUGUUUUCUAUCGUUUUGAAAUGCUCCUUUUAUUUGCAUUCCAGUUUCAUUUUGUGCCGUUAAUUGUUUUCCCUCUAGGGUCUUACUCACUUGGGAAAGGGCACCCUCACACUUUGCCCAUAUCACAGCGAUCGACAGCUUAUGAGUCAGGUUGCAGUUGCUGGACUAUUAACUGUGCUUGUGUCGUUCCUGGAUGUCCGGAAUAGUAAGUACUUAUAUGUUUGUAUUACUUCAACUCUAACUUGCAAAGGACAGUGAUGAACAAACCUUGCCCCAGUCCUCCAUCACAAAUGGACACUGGCUCCAAGGGCACCAUGGAGUCCAGAAUAGCUAGACAGAUGAUAUUGUGUGGUCUUUUAUUUAUUUUCAUCCUUCUUUCAGACAUUUAAAUUUUCCCCAUUAUUAGUGCAUGUCUUUGUUUUGACCAGUUUUCCCUUUACUCUUUCAGUCGUUCUUGGGAAAUCACAUUAUGUAUUAUACGGUUUAGUAGCUGCAAUGCAGCCACGUAUGUUGGUCACUUUCGAUGAGGAGCUGCGACCUCUGCCAGUGUCUGUGAGAGUUGGACAGGUAUGUCACAAAACUCUUGUUUUAGUUUUGUAAAACAUAUCUGCAUUUCACAAAGCCAGUAUGAGAUGGGCGGUUUAACAUACUGUUGCAUUUUUAUUUUUUUUAGGCUGUGGAUGUUGUAGGUCAGGCUGGCAAGCCCAAGACCAUCACAGGCUUCCAGACACACACGACUCCAGUGUUGUUAGCGCACGGAGAGCGGGCAGAGUUGGCCACAGAAGAAUAUCUGCCAGUAACCCCCAUACUGGAGGGCUUUGUUAUUCUGCGCAAAAAUCCCAACUAUGAUGUGUAGUGGCACAUUACAGCCAUUAAUGGGAGGAGAAGGGGGUGGGGGGUUGUAUGAGUUGGAUUUGACUGAAGGGGCUAGUGUUUCUUUUUUUUUUAUGUUACUUUAUGAGAUAAUUAAAUAAUUUCACAACCAUCAUGCGUGCUUGGAUUAAUGACUGUACUUUGCCAUCCAGUGUUUUCUAAAGCAAAUUAUCAUGAACUCUGGUUUGGACAACAUUGUGUGGGUGUGUGUAUUUAGGAGUGCUUUUGCUCUGCAUUUAUUUGUUAGCGGGAUUAGCUCUUUGUACAGAGUAAAUAACCCAAAGGUUUGCAUUCAGUGGACUCAUUUUACAACAAUCUUGCAGCAUUGGAUUGGGCCAGUGUAAUCAAAAGUGUCGUUUUCAUAAUUUAUUAACGGCUUUUAUGAUUUGGGCUCUAGCGUAAUGGAUCAUUCCCUAUUCUUUAAGAAUGUUUGUUUGACAACAGUGCUCCGGUGAUAUAAGCAUUGCUGAGAAUGAGUUUUAAGUAUGCGCAAGCUGAAUUUUAGGUUUAGCCAGCUUGUUUUUAUUUGAAAAGGCCAAAGUUCAUCAGUAAUGUCCACAAGGCGACUUCUUAACUUCCCCUAGUUUGCACUGAUAAAGUGUCUGUGAGGUUGUUUUUUAUUUUAUUUUUUCUUCCCAAUUUUCCUACCAGUGACCAUAAUAAUAAAAUUCCUUUGAGACAUGAACGAAUUCCAUCAAAGUUUGAUACUUGUUUAGAGCCUGUUAAGCAAUGAAAUAAACAGGGAUUACAUUCACAUUUAUCUGAUUUCUCUUGUGUGAACUGUUUUCUUCUUGUAUAAUUGGCAAAAUCAUAUGUCAAGUACAAAAGAUUUUAUUACAGAAGUGUGAAUUUACUAAAUUAGCUUAUUUAUGCGUCGCCAUUGAGUUUACUCAUGUUUCAAAAGCAAAGUAUUGGUUGGCUACAACUGUAUAAGUAAAGUUCAAGGUAUAAAACUGUGUUAUUCAAUUCUAAAAGGGACACAUUAUGAUUUGAUGAGAUGCUAUUUAUUUGUUAUUUUAGAACUAAACUGCAAAUCUAAUUUAGUAGUAAAAGAGAUAUAAACUAAUAAAGUCUAGUAUGUUAUCAAAUGUAAUUACAAGGACCUGUAGACUCCCGCACUGCAGGUAGCCAUCAAGCACAUAUGCUAAUCAAAUCAGGAUGCGAUGAAGUGCAAAAUAUCACAGGAUAUUUGUAAUAGAAUGCAGGUAUGGGACAUUUACUGGCAUCCAGGAAUUAAAAUAUCUUCCAGAAUAAAGCCGUAAUGCUACACAAUAAAAAUAUCUUCUCAACUAUAGCUGUUCUAGAAAAACAAUCUGCUUAGACAAAGUCUCGCUUAAUGUUACAGAUUUUUAUUGAUAGUGUAAAAUACGAGUGAGUCACCUGAAUAACACAAACUUUCAUUAACCUGUACAUACUAGAAACCAAACUUUACAAUAAGACACAGCUCAUUUAGUGCUUUUCCUCUUGUGGAGUGUGUGUAAUCGUAUGUAUGGUAUGUGUAAAAUAUAUAGAUAUACACACCGUAUUCACAUUUAUUUUCAUUUUUCUGUUGCAGCUGUAUGCUUCACUUGUUUAAGGGUUUUUUUUUUUUUGUUCUCCAUAUCAAUCCACACUCAGUACCCCUAUAAUGACAAAGCCCCCAAAAAACAGAUUUUGUAUAAAAAAAAAUUCUACAAACUUAUUUAAAGAAAAAUCAUUGUCACAUUGGAUGGAACGUUCAGUUAACGCUGUUACUGAGUCUGUUAACAAUGUUACUCUUGUUUUGGUUGCGUGCUUAAUAUCAUUGUCCUGUUGGAAGGUAAAUCUUUGCACCCUUUUUGACUGCACACAGGCUUAUUGCUGUUUAUCCUGAUUUAGGAACACUGUCCAAGACCAUUCUGAAGAGAUAUAUAUUCCUUACACAUUUUGUUGAAUGCUAUUGAAAUAACUUCGAGUCUGUUGCAUUUGGACUUUUGUUUAUAAAAAAAAAAAAAAAUGCACAUUGAAGGGAAACUCUCUAAUAAACCAUAUA